CCCGCUUCUAGCUCGACAACCUUGUAUGUACACUUCAGUCUCUCAGGUCGGCCGACACGCAGCGCGCAUAAUCGAGGGAAAUAAGUAGGCAGCAGCAUCUGCCCAAGAAAGCAAGGUUCCUGGGCGGCGAAAAGGAAAGAGAUCUUUUGUGGCGCUCAUACUCGAGGGAUUUAACAACGUCAUCUAACCUGCCUUACCCACCGAGGACUGGACUGUCAUCAACGAGCAGCUCUGCACUCUACACCACGGCCAUUGCACCGCCAUCUCUACACCACGGCCUCUCUCUCAUCUCGCCAUAUCUGAUCUGAUCUGUCGCCGCCCGCCCAUGGCUUCGACUCCUCGCCCAACUACUUCGCUCAGCAAAGUGCCUUCUGUCAAACGGCUGUCCGAGCUUUUAGGCAUUCAGCACGCUUCGCUAAAAGACUCGACGGUGUUCAUGGAUGCGACCCACGCUUUCAGGAAGUCGUGCAAAACGAUCGGUGGCUCUCUCGUCGCCACGCUCGUUGACUGGAACCUUCCAUCGGUGCAGACAGAUCUCAGGACUGCCGCAGUGAAGUUCUUAGACGAUAAUGGCAACGGUGAGCGCUUUUGGAACCCCACCAGACCUUGGGCCCAACCGUCCGAUUUACACUAUCCCAAGGACAGAGACAGGAUUAUCGACCUUCUCGUGCAACUCUUCUGGAAACAAAAUCGAUACCUUAACAACAACUCUCGCUACAAUGGCAAAUCAACGGAUUCUCGUUCUCGCGGCGGUUCGACUGAUCAAUCGACGCCUGCACGCGAGAGUCACGAGAAGUGUGCUACCUCUCCCUCGACCACAUCCCUUCCAGGCCAAAACAGGAAGAAUGAGAACAAGAUGCCCGCAGCGCCCACAAGGCCAACGGAAGUCGCGACGGCAUCUCCAGUAAUCGCCGAAGGCGCGGAACGGCGAGGGGAUGCAGCCACCCACGGUCCUCAUGAGGUUGAUCAUAUGUGCGACGUCCCUGACAGCUCGGAUGACCAAGACGCGCCAACACGAGCCUUUCCAUCUGCUCAGACAGGCAAACAUUCUCGAGAUGAGCGACCAGAUGAUGAGAAUGAAGCACGAAAAAGAAAAAAGCACCAAACAGAAGAGUCGCCACGAAGAACUGAACGAAAACGGCAAUCUCGCUCCCUGGCCGAUGUAGUGCCGCCGGAGGUAGUGGAUAUGCUUCUCGAUAUGGAAGACGCUGAGGCUGAGAUUGGCCCCCCAAGUCCUUUGUCAGGUGUGUCAAAGAAACAGCAGUCAGACUCGACAGUCUGUCUACAACUAGGCCCGAAUAUUUCCGCUUCGGGAGGACUCGCACAUGCUAUAUCAGACCAGAGUGAUUCGCCCAAUGGUCCAUUUGCUGCACCGACAGCCCCGAUGAUCUCAACCCAACGGCCCACGGCACCGCAGCCAUCUCUGUCGACAGAUCAACCUGCUCCAUCUAUGAAGGAUGUCCCCCUGGAGAUGCCGCAUUCAGAUCGACUUCAAAAAUCCAAGACACUGCCACCCAAUCCCACUGCAGGCAUUCAAUCUGCAACUUCUCAUACCAAGAUUAAGAAAGCUGUGAGAGGUAAGCCGGCUUCUUCGAGUCUAGAACAGGACAAUGUGGCCUCUUCAACUGGACGCCAACCGAAAUCAACUCCCACCUCGCCACCGUUUCCAAGGAAGGCAGCAUCAGUUUCAUCAAACGACGAUAACGACGUGGUACCUCUGAGCUUCGCAAGAGAGCAUUCCGGAUUAUCGUUGCAAGGCGGUUCACUCUCAACGAAUGAUGCUUACAGCGGACCGCCAGGCAAGCCUCCGACACCUUCCUUGCAGUCAACGACUGCUUCAAAUACAGCAAGAGAGCCGCUUCCCACUAAAAUGCAGCAUGCAACCCCAGAACCACCAGUAGUCCCGCAAGCCUUGUCUCAACCCAGUACCCCGGUCCCUCGCCCGAGGAUCCAAAUCCCCUUCUGGAUCAUCACCCGGGAACCGCUUUACACGGAAGAACUCUGGAACGAAGGAAAAUUCCAGGGGCUCCUCCUCGCCGAGUUCCUCGAUGGGAUCGCAAAGGUGACCCAGCGGGGCCAGCACAUCGAAAAGGUAAAGCUCACGCUGCGGACCCCCUUCUCCAACACGAUCUUGACGGUCCACGGCGAUGCCGAGGAUGCCUGGACCACGGCCAAAGCUGCGUUUGCUGAAAAGCUGAAGGGGUCGCGGGCGGAAGCGAGGGCGAGGAGAGUUGAUGAUGGUGGAGGGUAUAAAAUCUUGAUUGAGCCUUUCUAUGAGCAAGUCAUCACGCCGGCCGGUGGUGCGGAAGCCGACGAUGAUGUGUUUGAUUAUUAAUCUAUGUUUUAAAUAUAUGAAAUAUACCGAAUUAGGACUGCCUUUUAGUAGAACUGAUACAUUAAAUAGAGCUCGGGUUUAAUACAGAUUCUAGAAAUAUUUCAGAUUAAAAAUUUAAUAAUAAAAUUCAG